AUGUCCUACCCUCUGUAUUGGCCUUUCAAAAAUCACUACUAUCCUAUCGGCAUAACCUCACCUAUUUGCUUGACGCAGUACCUUCCCGUUGAGCAGGCGGCCGACGUGCUCCUACUGGGCUGCGAUGACCCGAGAAACAUCUUAUACACUGUUUACGCAGAUUUGCGCCCGCAAACUGGCGAUGGGCGGAGAGUCGAUUUUACCUGCUGUAACAUCGAGCCUGCCAUACUAGCUCGCAACAUCCUCUUGUACACCCUCGUAUGCUCCGGCGCGUCUCUGGAUGUCGUUUGGAACAUCUUCUACCACUUCCAUCUAGACGACCAGAGUUACGAACUGCUGGAGGCUCAAUGCCAUCUUCUCGCAACCGCUUCCAAGUCGAUGCAAAACUGGCAGUGCUUCGGAUUCGGCGCUUACCUCAAAAUGUGCGAUAGCUAUACUCUUGCGGAGAUGCAUCGCCACUGGCAGCUCUACGCCACGUUCUCCUCGAAGCCACGUAGUCGCCUUGACGAGCUACACGCAGAACAGAAGAGUGUAUCGAGGCGCAUAUUGGACGAACACACCGUUCUUGGAUCGGUCAGCCGUUCAGCUGGCAUGCUCUGGCCUGAGUCUCUGAAGACGAUGAACAACCUCUACGAGCAGUACUGGAAUACGGGUACCACCUUCUCCUGCGAGCAAGACUGCGCCCGCUCGAAGAAACUCAAUCCCUCAUUCGUGUACACACUCGCCGGGGAGAAGUUCGACCCACAUUUCGCUACCUUCCCCCUGCAAGCAUUUCUUUUGACCCCAGCCUUCGUUCCGGAUGAACAAAGUGAUCGCGACCGUAACCCUACGGACAUCGCGAAAGGCCAGUUCAGGUCUUGGUGUGGGACCUUCAGAGAUGCUGUUCGCUCGUCGCAUCUCGUCGUUCGCUUUUGCGUAAGCGACGUAGUCAGCUUCCCCAAAGCGCUGCACAACAAACCGCAGGGCAUCCCCACGCGUCUGUUCACCUCGGCCCUCUCAGGGCAAGCUCUUGAGCUUGACGGCGAAUCGCCACCCUGCGCCUUCGACGUGAUCGACACGUCGGGUCAUGUGGACUACAGUGGAAUGGUCAACAUCCUCGUCUCGAUGAAACCACUGCUGAAGGCGCUUCCCUCGUCCGUCUUGUACACGGAGAACUUGGUGCGUGACGCUCCAGGAGCGGAUGCAACGAUCGCUCUGCUCGGACGUUUGUGCGGGGACGUUUCGGCGAUGUCCCUUCUCAUCGGGCUCACUCCGCGUUCAUACCUGUCGGGGUUCAAUGCGUAUUCCAACGUCCACGAAAUCCUCUUCAACAGCGACCGCUUCAGCAGACAGUUUCAAGAGCGCGUCACCUGGUGCGCUCCGGCCAGCAGCGAUCCGCAAGCAUGGCAGGAGCAGCCGAUCGAAUUCAAUGCCAAAGAGCUCGGCGCUCUGCUCUUCAAGGUCUACGAUCAGCUAUGCGCCGACGAGAAGGCCUUGAACCCUCUGCGCAUCCCCAGCCUGCACACCCUGAAGUUGAUGGAACAGCAAGAUCACGAUCGGGCGAGCCUCUCCCAGCUGGUGCGCCUGGCGAUGUCGCGCAUCGUCCCGAGCGGAGGUGGAUGGGAGGCGGUGUUCGAUGUGCUGUUCAAGCUCGUGGAGGAAGACCCCUCGCGUCUCUUUGCCGAUUAUUACCACGAGGAACUCUGUCUGCAACUUCAUCUCCACGGCGUCAUGACCACCAAGUCCCUCUCUCCGGCGUGGAGGUCCCAACUCAUGCCCAACGCGAGCUCCAGGGUCUUCUGUGGAUGGGCCGAUAUCCCGCCUGUCGUCUGCGUCUUGCUCACUGUCCCGCGAGAGAGCCUCACUCGGGCCUUCGACGGCACGGAGCGUCUGCUGUCGAUGGCGUUGAUGUGCCACUUGUCCUCGCCGGGCGGCCGCAUCGAUACGUUCGCGUGCGACCUGCAUGCCAUCCCCGGCCGAGUGGAGCCGACGCCCGGUGCUCCUGGGGCCGCUGCCAUCGUGCGGGACGAACGGGGAGUGGAGGGCGCGCCGUCGCUGGUCGUAUCCUUCCUGGUGCCCGCGUGGCUGCUCACGAUCCCACAGACGCAAGUGUUGUUCGCGAUCAGGCCGACGCCCGUCGUCGCUGCAGACUUGUUGGACAAGCUUGGGCCGAUGCUGGAGAUCUUCUCCGCGCAUCUCACCGACAAGAGGCACGUCUGCGUCGCCAGGGAGAGGCCAGGGGUCUUCGCUGACCCACGCGCCUCCGACGUGUGGCCAGACGCGCCCCGCGCCCGGGCACUGUCAUCGAACAGGGUUGCUGUGAAAAUGGACGGCAGGUCUGGAAGAGUUGGGACUAUGACGUUCAAGCUCGACCUGGCCGCCAUGGGGUUCUCAUCGCCCCUCGAGCCUUCGCUCCCGAUCGCUGCGGAACAGACAGGAGCAUGUACGAUGGAGGUGACCGUGGGCGACAAACGAGGGUACGCUCGGUAUCCGUUCCCUAUCAAGGGAAGCGAGCAUAGACUGCGCAUCGCGCGGCGAUCAUUGUAUGUCGAGGUCAUCGUGCCGCCUUUUAGCCAGCCGAAGGGUGCAGGCCGGACCUUGGAUGGGAACAUGUUCCCGGUCAUCAAGACGGCUGGACUGACUCCCUGGAACGUGCACCACGUCAGCCUCGACAUAGCACCCAUUCUCGACUUCAAGGGGGCAGAGGUACCCGCAUGGCUCAUAGAGCACAUUCUCUGCCAGCACUCGGAGCGCGAAAUGGCAGUCCCAUGCAGGCUGGACCCCUCCGUCAUUCCCGAACCUCAACCCGAGGCGCUCACAGGUCUCAAACAGAGCAUCCGGAUGAUUUUCGAUGCCUUCCAUGGCCUGCCCCAGAAUAGAGCUCCUGCAAGGAUAUUUCAAUUCGUUGAGAGGGGGACGACCAGACCGUUCAUGCUCAUCUUCGUCCGCCACGUCCGCCUCGAUCUCUCGUCCUUCACGCUGCUCGCUGACGCCGCCGUCGUCCCGCUCGUCCCAGAAACCUCCCAUACCCUCGACGAAGCUCUCCGCUCCCUGCCAGGCCCUCUCCUCGCCCCGUUCAUCUCGCUCCUCGCACCCGAGGCAAUUGCGUGGAGGCAGCUACUUCCCGCCGUCGUUGAGCGGUGCCGGACCUGGCCGCACAAGCCCAACUGCGAGUACGCCUCCGAGUCCGACUCUGGGCGGAUUCCCGUCUCCGUCCAGUGGGACGCCAGCCCGCUCUGCGGGUGCGGACACGGGAUCGGGCUCCCAGACGCCAUGCCAGGCGUGCCCGCGACGGUGUGGCAGGCCGCCCGUCCGCUCGCGACGCGCGCGGCGAUCUCGCUGCUCUUCGCGGUGUCGUACCUCGAGCCGGUCGUCGCUGGGGGAAUAGCCGCCGAAGCGCACGAGGCGGCAAUGGCAGCGCUCGCAAGGAGGCGGGCCGCUGAUCUGGGCAUGGACAUUGUCGUGUCGAGCCGUGCAGGACCGUCUACUCAGGCUGGCCCUGGCAAGAAGUGCCGUGUUUGCGGCGGGCCCGGGAAGCCAAAGCUGCGCGUGUGCGGAAGGUGCAAGCAGGCGAAGUACUGCUCACCGGACUGCAGCAGGGCGGAUUGGGAAACGCACAAAGUGGUUUGUCGCCGGACGUAA